AAGUAAUAACAGUCUACUGUGCUCCAUUUACAGUUAGAGAUAGAUCUACGGUAGUCUAACAGUGGAAUUUUAAUAUAGGGAAACACAAUAGAAGACAUUCGUAGCACAAUUUUCACCGUCACUGUAUAAGUGUUUUCAAGUGUUAGGACAAUGGCCGACAAAGACGAGGCUCUGCAUUAUCUACUGAACAAGCUCAAGAGUGAUGACGGCUGGUCAGGUUCCAAUCUGGCAUGGAACGUGGACAAACUGUCUGUAAUUGCAGACAUGUUCCGUGCACUCGAUGGAGCGGCAAAGGUCAAAGUUCUUGUCUCGUUUAUGAGCAUGACACCUCGAACAGUGAGCCAGUGCUCUACAGAGAUGAACCAAGUGUUGCGUCUAGCUCGUCGUGAUGGUGAUGAGUGGGUGAGGCUGUUUGCCAGUCUAUUGGGUCCAUUCCCUGACUUUCAGAGGGUCAGCUCGGACCUCGUGACAGAGGAGCAGAUGGAGGGACUCGCUGAGGAAUUGGAGGGGGCGUUGAAUCACGACUCUGCAAAUAUAUUCAUCCCUCACGAAUAUGCCUACCUCAAUCAGACAGUGCUAGCGAGUAGCCAUGGUUACAACCCACCGUCUGACCACACCCAUUUUCUCCUCAAGAAGAAACCACAGGCCAGUGUUCAAUUGAGAAACGAGAUAUUACAGAGAGCCGGGACUGACUUCUCUCAGACUGGUUCAUUGGUCAAAGACAGACACUUGCUACAGAGACAGAUGUCAUCAUCUCUCAACAGCUCCACCGCUUUUGUGCCGACGGUGCGGUCCCACAGCUCUCGUAAAGCCAUCCCCAUACCCACCAACAGAGUGCAACGGGAGAGGGGCACUAAGCUGCUCAACAUCGAUGAGGUUCCUGUGAGCAUACGAAGAAAAAGGAAGACCAUCACUGCAGAGGACGGGGCUCCCUCGACUGCCAGUCGCCCGGACACCAAGAAGCACCUCCGCAUUCCCUCAAAGUCCGAGGCUGAUACGACCGCCAUCCCCCAAACUACACAGCUGCCCACAUCUCCACAGAUCACAGCCACUCCAGACUAUGCAGCUGGUUUGGGGUCAGAGUUCACCGCCUCGUCUAUGUACUCCCAACACAAGUAUCCCAGUGCGGUUGAGGCAGUGACUACACCUACUUACACAGGUCAAGUGUCACCACCACGUAUCCAGUCACCCGAAGCAUUGAUCACCCCCGUCCCCCUACCAAAGGCUCCACCCACUCCUGGUCCAUCCACCAGUGCCCCACCUCCCACACAACCUGUAACUCCCACUACACCACUCCCUCCUGCUGCUGUUGCUAAGCAACCUAACAAGGGCCUCAAACUCAGUCGCCACCAGCUGCUGGUUGCCCAGGAGAUGUUCAAGGAGAGCCCUACUCUCACCAAGGCACAGAAGACACUCAUCCUUGGAUUCAUGGCAGGAGCUAGAGACAACCCCAACCCUGAUCAACCUGUGGUCACCAUCAAACUCAACGAGAGACAGGAGAUGGAGGAGGUGGCGGGUCCUGAAGGGGGUGUGGUCAAGAGGAUCGUGUACGAGACUGUGUUUGAGAUGAACUAUUCUAAUGGCCAAUGGAGAAAGCUACAGAUCAAGAGAGCAUACCCUGUUCAACAACCCGCUAGCAUAUUGUGACUGAUACAUAUUGUAUUGAUAAUUAUUUUAGACUCUCGUGUAAUAAUUGUGCUCAUGCACAUGUUUCAUCAUAGAUUAUUCAAUAAUCUAUGGUUUCGAAUGUGACAAGUUAAUGUGUAUAAAUCAAUAA